AUGUCCGAUCCUUUUGCCCCGCGCUCUAUGAAGCGCAAGAACGUCAAAGGUCUCGCCCUGAAAGCAGCUGCCCCUCGACCCCCGCCAACCGCCGAGACCAGCAACCAUGAAUACAGUGGAAGCCAAGAUGCUGGCAGAGAUGAGCAACUAGAAAUUGGUAUUGAAUACAAACUGGACUUGCGACCUGAGGAUCUCGAAAUCCUCAAGGAACUAGGGUCUGGUAAUGGUGGUACUGUCAGCAAAGUCAAGCACCUUACAACCGGGACCGUUAUGGCUCGCAAGGUAAUUCAUGUCGAAGCCAAGCGAGAGAUACGGAAGCGAAUCGUCCGAGAACUUCAAAUUAUGCAUGGAUGCCAUUCAGACUACAUCGUGACGUUCUACGGCGCCUUUUUAACCCCGAACAACGAUGUGAUCAUGUGUAUGGAAUAUAUGGACGUUGGUUCUCUCGACCGAGUUUCCAGGGUCUUUGGUCCCGUACGAGUUGAUGUUUUGGGCAAGAUUGCCGAAGCCACUUUGGGUGGCUUGACAUACCUUUACACAAAGCACCAUAUCAUGCAUCGUGAUAUCAAACCAUCCAAUAUCUUGGUCAAUUCAAGGGGUGGAAUCAAGCUUUGUGACUUUGGAGUCUCCGGUGAGCUUGUCAAUUCUAUCGCUGAUACUUUUGUUGGAACCUCCACCUACAUGGCCCCUGAAAGAAUUCAGGGUGAAAAGUACACGGUCAAGUCCGAUGUCUGGAGUUUCGGCCUCAGCAUUAUGGAACUCGCGAUUGGCAAGUUUCCUUUUGCGGCUAGUGAGCAGGUAUCGGACGGUGACUUCGCUCCUGCGGGCAUCCUGGACUUGUUGCAGCAGAUUGUUCACGAGCCAGCUCCGAAGCUACCUAAGAGCGAUGCUUUCCCUAGUAUCCUUGAUGAUAUGAUCCAAAAAUGUCUUUAUAAGGAGCCUGAGCGUCGACCGACUCCCCAAGAGCUCUUCGACCGCGAUCAUUUUGUACAAGCCGCCAAGCGUACGCCGGUUGAUCUCAGGGAAUGGGCUGUUGGCAUGAUGGAACGUGACAACAGGAAAUCGCACCUGGCCCCCCAGCUCUCUCCUUCGACGCAGGACCUCCUUCGCUCGAGUGAUUCUCCUACCCAAUCUCAGCAGGCUCAAGCUCAGGCUCAGGCUCAAGCUCAAGCUCAACCCGAAGAGCGUUCUCAUACUCCCACGUCUGGGGAGAUCCCUAUUGGGGGUGCUGGUAUUACCUCUCCUCGCGAUCAAUACGGUUCAAGCCAAAGCCGAUCACCACCUCGAAACGGAUACGGCUCUUCCCGAACACCUGCUUCCGCACACCCUGGACUGGGAUCCAGAGUUGUUACGACAAAUUCCAUCCCCAAGGUUUCGGGCUACCCUGAAAACGUCGGUCCCGCGAGCGCAAACGCUACAACUUUUAGUCUACCUGUCCGGCCAGCUCCCCCAGGUGGCCCUCUGCCGCCAGCUCCGCCUCGAAAAGAAACACCUGAUGAGUUGCGAAGAGAGAACAGGAGACAGGCAACUUUCGGUUUGCCGCCCAACCCAGGCUACGGCAUGCAGUAG